AUGUCUGCUGUGCGUCUCAUUUCGAAUCAUACGCUUAAGCUUCAGCCGCAGCGCUCUAGUUCACAGCUUUUUCGCCGGCAUGCAUCCUCUUCAGUAGCAGAGGGCUCGUUCACGGCUCGCAGAGGUCUCUAUGCUUCGCUGCUACUUCUUUCUACAGGCGCUCUUGCUGCAUAUUAUUUCGACUCGCGUGCUGCGAUUCAUCGUUAUGUUCUCACUCCCGUGAUUCGACACAUCCUCGACGCCGAGAACGGGCACAAACUCGCCGUGCGAGUGCUAGCCAGCGGGUUUGCGCCACGGGAUACACAAUCCGACGACGAGCGAUUGAAGGUUCAGCUCUGGGAAGAUGAGCUGUCUAACCCGAUCGGACUUGCGGCUGGUUUUGAUAAACAUGGCGAGGCUGUUGACGGAUUAUUCAACCUUGGGUUCAGUUGGGUUGAAAUUGGCAGUGUCACCCCAAAGCCGCAGCCCGGAAAUGCGCGGCCGCGAAUGUUCCACUUGAUGGACGACACUGCUGUUAUCAACCGUUAUGGAUUUCCCUCAGACGGGCACGCGACCGUUCUUGCUCGCCUUAGAGCACGCUUCCCCAUCUUCUACCAGGAAGGAAGUGAGCCACAUGCAUCCCUGAGGUCAAAUGCUUUACUGGCUGUCAACCUCGGCAAAAACAAGACCUCUCCUGUGGAAUCUGCAGACGACUUUGUCAGUGGCAUACGCGCUUUCGGUUCAUACGCCGACGUGCUUGUUGUCAACAUCUCUAGUCCAAACACCCCUGGACUUCGGGCACUUCAAAGCCAUGCGCUUCUGGAGGACCUGCUCGGGCGCGUCACCCAUGCACUUGAUGAGAUUGCGACUUCUGAGUCGAACAAGUCUCGGCGUCCAAAGCUUGUCUUGAAGAUUGCGCCUGACCUCGAUGAGGCACAAGUUGACGAUAUUGCGAAAGCAAUCCUUCAAAAAAGCGUGGAUGGCGUGAUCGUAAGCAAUACGACCGUGCGACGCCCGUCGACUCUCACCGAUGCCAACAAAGCGGAAGCCGGAGGAUUAUCCGGACCACCUCUCAAGCCCUACUCUUUGGCAACGCUCCGUAUGCUUCGAGCGCGUCUUCCCGCCGCUGUGCCUAUCAUUGGGUGUGGGGGCAUAUCAUCGGGAGCUGACGCUCUAGAAUAUGCGAAGGCGGGUGCAACGGCGGUGCAGAUUUACACCAGUUUCGGAUACGAUGGGGUCGGAACCUGCAGGAGAAUCAAAGACGAGCUAGCUGAAGCUUUAUCGCGUGAAGGCGCGACUUGGAUGGAGACGGUGCAGCGGGCGUCGGCGGAGCUGAGUCUCAAGCCCGAGGACAGAAGCGCGCAUACUUCUAUUGCGCAACUAACGAAGGAAGCGGAGGAACUUAUGCGGCUCGUAGACGAGCUUGGAGAGCGUGUGGGUGGUGCGGAUCCGAGCAAGGACAACUCCGCCACAGAAAGCACUGGCGUCCUGCCUGUUGUUUCGAACGGAACGGAACGAUCUGAUUUCGUUCUAUUCAGUAUGGCCAAUGCUCGACAAUGGGUGAUUCUUGAUAGAAGCGAUAAUGCGGCGUCACCUUGCAUCUUCGCGACCCUUGCGUAUGAGGCUAUCGACCAAGGUGCCCAAGUGGCAUCUAGCAAUAGCAAGGGACGAACUAUUUCAGGCACUCUAAUGUAUCGACGUGGGCAGCUUUUAGAAAGGAUUCCGCGCCACGCCGAGGCUAGUGAAAAACUGUACCUAGAUUACAAGAUUAAACCUACGGGCGAUAAGGACAAGAAACUUAUCUGGGCUAUCGCUUGA